CAGUUCUCAGUUGGAGACAACUUGACACAGAGCCGAGGUCAUGCCGAAGAAAGGUUUACUGGAGCGCCUCCGAGAUGGCGUUGUGACCGGAGACGGAGGUUACGUCAUGGCGCUGGAAAAACGGGGCUUCGUGAAGGCGGGGAACUGGACACCAGAGGCCGUUAUAGAGCACCCUGAAGCCGUCAAGCAACUACAUCGCGAGUUCCUCCUGGCCGGGAGCGAUGUCCUCCAGACCUUCACGUUCUUCUCUACCGACGAUAUGCUGGAUAUAAAGAACGGCCAGAAGUUCUCCUGUUCUCAACUGAACGACAACGCCUGUCGACUGGCUCAUGAAGUGGCAGCAGAAGGCGAUGCGUUGGUAGCCGGAGGAAUCACACACAGCCAAGCCUACCUUCAAGGGAAAGGGAAGGCGGAAGUGCAGGCCGUCGCCAGGGCCCAGUUGGCGGCGUUGAUGAAGAACAAAGUCGAUUUCCUCAUCGUUGAGUAUUACAAUAUCAUCGAGGAAAUUGAAUGGGCGAUCGAGGAAGCGAAGAAGUGCGGGCUCCCCGUGGCGGCGUCCAUGUGCAUCGGGAAGGAGGGCGACGUGACCGGCGUGUCCCCGGGGGAUUGUGCCGUCAGGAUGGCUCGAGCGGGCGCCGACGUCGUUGGCGUGAACUGCCUGUUCGAUCCCAUAAUGACCAUCGACGCCAUCAGGCUCAUGAAGGAGGCCCUCGACGCCCAAGGACUCCGCCCCUUCCUCAUGACUCAGCCCAACGGGUUCUUCUCGACGGGCACAGACAGAUACGGAUACCUCAGCUGCCCAGAAUAUCCUUUAGCCUUAGAGUCCCGCACGGUGACGAGAUUCGACGUGCACAAGUACGCCCGCGCAGCCUACGACUUGGGGGUGCGCUACAUCGGUGGCUGCUGCGGCUUCGAGCCCUACCACGUCCGCGCCAUCGCCGAAGAGCUGGCCGAAGAGCGGGGGAAACUCCCGGCCUCGAGCGCCAAACACGAGCCUUGGGGGGCGGGCAUCUGGAAUAGCAAGUACCAGUUCAUUAGCGCGAGAGCAAACAGGGAGCACUGGGAGAACCUGGUCCCCGCCACAGGCCGACCGGGUCCCGCCUCUUCGCACUUCAAGGAACUUCAGUGAGGUUAUUGAAGUCAAGGGUUUCGUUGUCUAUUUUUCUUUGUUUCUUACCUUAGAGGAAGGGGUUAUUCUUGUAAAAUUCAUAAUUGUUUGGGUUUAGGAUUUAUUGCAGUGCAGUUUAAAAAGAACCUUAAUGUUUAGUGAUUCUGAUGUUAAGGAUGUAUUGCGUCAAACACUAUCAAAAACAAUUUUUGAAGUUUUGCUUGAAAACCAUGAUUUCGAUCUACUCAGUCUUUUGGUGAGCUUAUAUAUCCUAAUUAGAAAUAUGCUUUAAUCAGAAUAAUAUGUUGUGCAUACUGUGUUGUGUUGUGAACAGUUGUUAAAUAAAUUUUCUCUGUACAUAUUUCUGGAAAUAUGUACACAAUACAGUAUUUUACUAAGGAAAAUAAAUGGAAAAGAAUAUAAAUCUGACAAGAAAGUAAA